UUAAAAAUAAAUAGUGAUUUAAGAACCAAACACUAAUAUAUACUUCAGUCCAGUGAUCUACCAUAAUAAGUACUUAAACAAUUCACUAGCAUCUAAGUUUACCUGGAAAGAAUACUUAGCAUCAAAGAUUUAAUCCUAAAUACUGACUAAUGUUGCUGGUUUGCACUUAAAACAGCUACCCUGGGUGUUCUCCCAGAGUCUAAAUGUUGCUCUUUUGAUUGACAGCUCUACAUGAAUAUCUAAUCGGAUCUUAAACAUAUAUAUCCAUAAUUAUGAAUAUAAGGCAGACAUUGAAUAUAGACACGAUGCAGUUAUUUUCUGUUUCCUUAUAUAUUUUCUUAUAGUUGAUUCCUCAAGAGUUUAAAGAAGCAAUUGAUAAUAAAUUGCAUAAUACAUAAUAUAUUGUUACUAUAUAGACACUUCUCAAAUAGUACACCAGAAAUAAGUCUUAAUCUUUCAUAUCCUUUAUUUUGCUUUUUAUCUUAAUCUCUUCAAAGGUUACUUGUGAAUAGGAAAAUCUUAGCUUUCUUGAGCAAUUUUGUUCAAAUAAUCUUCUUUUUAAGAAAUGUCAGGUGCUUUGUGGCUUGAUAUAAUGAGGCAAGAGGCUAGUUCUGCCUUCCUCUGUAUUUUGUGACAUUUAAGGUGCUUUAUUCUUGGUAUAUUUAUAUUUAAAGAAAAUGUAUGGGAUGAAAGCCUUCCUCACAGCUCACUUAGUUUUCCUCAUGAAUGGGGUGAUUACCAUUUGAUGGACAGGAGUGUCUGCUCACCUUGAUGUGAUGUCUCAGUUCAGGACACAGUGGCUGGCUGUGCUAUUUGCAUAAGUGCCAACUGAAAGCAAACAUGUCAAGGCCAGCUUUGUUUUUCCCUUGAAAGUAUACUGUCCUAAAGGAGGCUGUAAAAUGAUCUGAGACCUUAAUGACACCAUGCACUCUACUUCGUGAAACAGCAGACUAAACCCAGUCCUCAUCCCAUCAAAAUACAUAAACCAAAUGCAGCGGCACUUUUCUCGUAUCUGAAUCUAAUUUUGAAAAAUGAUGGACUUUGAUGAAAAGGAGUAAAAGAUGUAUACAGUAGUUACUUAAUUAUUUCUAUUGUUUCUAUCUCAAGUUCUUUUACCAUCAACCCAUGCAACCACAGGAAAAUCUGCAGAACAAAUCAUAGAUAAGAAAAUUGUCUGGUGAAGUACUGGAAGUGAUUAUAAUCCCAAUAGCCAUAGCUCUCAGCAUCUGCUGUCUUGCCUUGCAACAUCUCCUUAAGUCAUGCCUUCUUUAAAAGAUGGAAUCACAUGAGGGGGAACCACAUGAACCUAUGUGAGUCCCAUUUCUCCAACCCUAUAACUUCUAUGUCUUAACUCUGACAACUAUGACAUCCCAUUUCAUCUUCCAAUUAUUUUAGAAUCCAUUACAACUCAAUUUAUACAUUUAUGGUGAUUUAUUUAAGAGUUUAGAUGUACUUUUUAAUACUCGUAUAAUAAACUGAAAAAUCUAGAAACAAUAGAAAUAGAUGCCACAGAAUUUAUGUCCAUGAAUUUAUAAAAUUUAGUUACUAAAAUAUUUAGUCUUCAACCUUUGGAAAUAGUUACAACUGUAUCUCCUUUCCAGAGGAAGAAAUUAUUCUUUCUCUCAUCUUUAUUAUUAAUACAUAAGGACAGGCGUUAUGGGACCCUACCACAUGUUAAGGAUGAAACAUCUGCAAAGGCAGCGAUGUGGAAGGGUGUGCAUGGGUGGUCACUGCAGCUAUCCCCUUUGUUGCAGAAACUGUCAUUGGAGAGAGAUAACAGAAAUGGAUAUAGAUAUGGCAUCAUGCCAUAGGAGGGCCCAAUGAUUGCAUAGUAAUGUAUAAACAUGUAUUUCAGUCUGUGAUUUAUUCACAUUUGUCCCAUAAUACCUGUUAAUCAGAGCAGUACCUUGCUUUGUUACAUUGUCCCAAAUGUUGGCCAUCCUGGCCUGAAGAUAAUUUUCCUAUCCUCUACCUUCCAUACUUAAUUCUAAAUAGUAUUACAUUAAUGACAUAUAUAAUAUGAUUUCUGAUGUCAUUGAUUAUAUCUGUACAUGUAUGUAACCUGCCUCUCCAGCUAUAUUAUAAAUUCCUUGAGGUAGGAAUAAUGUCUUAAUUUUUACAGCUAUUUCUAACCAUAAGUAAAACAUUGUAAGUGUCCAUAUGGUAAGUGGGUCUUAAAAUUUUGAAUUUAGAUGGGGAAGAAAAUGAAUUUAAUGUUUAGUAACUUUGGACCUGCCUCCAAAAAGUCCUUUUCCCAUGAACAUUUCAACACCUAGAGUAUCAUAGCUAGGAGAACUGGAUACCAGAGUGAUUUGUGACUGACCUUUUUGAAUCCAAAGUAAUACAGUCAUAGCAGAACAAAUACAGUUGAACUAGAGAGUAACAGCAAGUGUCGGGAAGCUGAUGAGGAGCCUUAAAAUCUGUUUUAGAGGGUCCAGAGUUCAAACCAGUGGUGAGAAUUGAAGCCCAACUCUAAAUCUAGAAAAAUCCUCCUUUGCACAGGAGAAUUGAUGUCAGAUCUGACAAAAUCCCUUAGAGUUUACCUAAAGAUCAAUAAAUAUAUUCAUGAGACCCUAAAACCAUUCUGAAGUAGUCUGGAGAGGUCACUCUGUGGUUCCUUGCAUUUUGUGGGGGAAAGCCAACUGAAAUAGAAGCCUACUGAAAUGAAAUUUAUUAGACCUAGGUCAUAUUACCAGUCUGCAAAGAGUCAUUGUUCAUUCUAUAAAAAAGAAAGGAGGGGGUAUGUCUCUCUCUCUUUUUUUUUGCACUUCUGUUUACUUUUCAACUCCAUUUUGAAUAUUUUUAUAAGCUGAAAAUAAUAUUAAUAUAAUAACAAAGCAUUUUGAAUGGGCUAUUUUUCAAACACCCAGAAUAUCAAUUCACUAAGUUCCUGCAAUCCGAUGAAUAAAAACAUCCACAUAUAGAAUGAGACCACUAAAAAUACAACUGUCACUUUUCAGGUUUACUUUUUUCUUCUUAAUUGAUAAGCCACAGCUACCUUUAAGGAUGACAGAUCCAGGAAGAUCAAAUCAAUGCUCUUCAGUCCACUCAACUAGGUUGGAUCUGGCCUGUUCUGAGGACUCACUGCAGCUGUAUGACUAAGAUGCUCCUGUGGUAGGAUACCCUGGGAGCCAAGCAGCUCUGCAUGGGUCUCUGUCAGGAUGAUGAGUGUGCCAGUAUUAUGAAUGUGUCAGGGAGGAAGUACUCACUUGUAUUUCAAUCAUGAGCAACAGAGAACGUUCUAUCAUCCACAUCUGCCUAGGGUGAAGGAAGGCUUGGAUCACAAUAUGCCAAUAAAAAGCCCUCAUUUGAAGUUGGCUAGGACUUCAUACAUAUUUAUAGUUUAAGUCCAGGGUGGACUUAGAACCAUGUAUUGUAGUGAGCGAGACUCUAAGAGAAACAGAGGAAGAUAGAUGGGACUGAUAUUGAUCUCCUCUAUAUAUUUAUCUCCCAUAUACAAAGAAAAGCCAAAAAGUUUGACUUACCCGCAUCUGUUUUGAGUUUAUAGCAUGUGCCUGUUAAUUAUCAUUAGUGUUAUUUCUUGUUAUGUUCUCACCACCACCACAAAAAAAAAAAAAAGUUUCAGUUUUUGUUAGAAUGAUCCCUGACUGAAGAAUAAGAAAAUAAUUAUUCUGGCCCUUACUCUGUCAAUUUCAAGAUGGUUCUCUAGAUAAGCCAUACCCAUGCUCUCUCUAUCCUUUCUCCAAAGGAGGAGUCACAUGAUUAAGCUGGAUGAUCUCCGUCAGUAUCAUUCCAUCAGCUUUUGUGUGGCCCUAUUGAGUUUCCCUGACAUAUAACCAGAUCACGCUGGAAUUUUUACCUAUCUACUAGGCAAUGGAUUCUACAUAUGGAUAUUGUGGAAGUAGAGAUUUGAUAUUUAGAGACCCUUUGCAAACAAAGGCUACACAAUUGAAUUUAAAUUGACAUCAAACUGCAAUAAGUUGAAAGAAAUCUUAUCAAAUGUGACACCAACUAUGAAAUGGCUGUUUUAUUUCCAUACCCAUUAGGUGAAGAGCCCAGGAUGAGCCCAAAACAGUGAGCAUCCAUUUCCUCUCAUGCUGAAAUAGGUAUUCUCUAUUUACAUGCUUCAGCUUGAUUACAAGUUCCGUUCCCAAGCUCACAUUCACAGCACUUGAAAGAUGCAAUUGAAUAUAAUAUCCACACCUACUCUCUGAGGACAAUUUUUGGAGUGACAUACAGCCCAGCCUUGCAGAUAAAGCAAUGCAAUGUUAGUUUAUAAAAAUUAAGUACUUCUCACAGCUGCACAUGGCUGUUGUGCAUAUUUGCAGUCAAAUCCUCUACCACUGAGCUAUAUCCCCAUUCAUGAUAUUUGAGUGUCAGUGACAAGAAAGCCCAGGCAGAACAGCUCAGGAAUUAAGCAUAAAGUACAGGAAGUGGGCCACACAGUUUUGAUCACAGGCUUACAAUUUCCUAGCUACCAUCUAUGUCACAUCUCUGGACCUCGUUUUCUUUAUGGAUAAGAUAAAGAUAAAAAACCAUGCCUUCUUCUCAGGGUUAAGUGCUCUGUGUACUUUUGUUUAAAAUAAUGAGAAUCAUUUGAAUUGUGCUUUUCCAUUGAUAUACUAUUAUAAUUACUACCCCUUAUCUCAGCCAAAUGUGUCCACCCCAAAGUAAUAGUAACAGAAAACAGCACCAUGCAGUAGAAAUAAUCUAGGUUUGGGAAUCCUUUAUCAGUUAUGCUUUGUUACCUAGCAAACCUCUCCAAAAUUGCAUGGCUUAAAAGAACAGUGUUUUGUGCUUACACAUAGCUCUUGCAUGCUGGGCAGAGCUAAAUGGGUGGGAACGGCUCAAAUCUACUUCAUAUGGUAUUAGCAAUGGCAUCUUGUCCAGGGCUUUGGUGCCUUGUAUUCCUUUGGGCAACUCUUUGCUUGUGCUACAGUGGUAUGUUAUGUGAUCGCUAUGUAUUUCCCAAGCCUGACUGGGAACACCAUAAUCCCUCUGAGAACUGAAAUCCAACAUUCCGGCAUGUCACUUAUACUAUAAUUUAUUAGGCAAACAUGUGAGAAAGGUUUUAGAUUCAGGGGAAGGAACAUUAGCCUUCUCUUCUAGAUUGACAGUAAAAAGGAAAGACAGACUCACUGGAGGCUUUAACAACAGAAUCAGGCACACGUGAACCUCAGUUUUAUUCCCUCCACUAAGAACUGAGGGGUCUGUGACUCUCAAAAGCAGUGCUACUCAACCUUUAAUACAGUUCUUCAUGUUGUGUUGACUCCCAGCCAUACAAUUACUUCAUCACUACUUCAUAACUGUAAUUUUGCUACCGGUAUGAACUGUAAUGUAAAUAUCUGCUAUGUGAUCCUUGAAGGGGUUGUGACCCACAGCACGAGAACCACUUCUCUGCAGUGCUAUUUAAACUUCAUGCGCAGGGCAGGCUAAGUCCAUGUCUAUAUCCUGUCCUUUACCUGUAAUUCUCCCAGGAGAAACUAGACGCAGUAAAGGUCAGGAGCAUCCCUUCUACAGAGGAGAGGAAGAUCCUGUCACUCACCUGGCUGUUCUCUGUGCUCAGGUGUCACCAUGUAAGACUGGUGCUCACUUGGCUGUGGCUGCUUAGUGUGUGUGCUAAGUCCGCUAAGUCAGAAAAGUCACAAGUCACCAACUGGGUGACCAUUUCUUUAAGCACUCCAGGUUGCCUGUGGUGGGUUUUAGUUGGUGGAGAGUUUAGUCAAUCCAUCUCAAAUGCUCCAUUCACAUUUGGGAACACGUCACUCAGGCUUGGUAAUGAAGGAACAGACAUAUCUGCCUGUAGGGAGGGGCAUCACUGUAAGGCAGCAGAGCCCCAUAAACAGCUCUGGCAUUCAGUGCAUUUCCCCAAGUCUCAGUGGUCGCCUUGAGGGGAGGGGGUCCUCUUCCUCUUAUAGCUGUCAGUUUUAGAUAUUUCUCUGAUUGAAUUUCUUCAAACAGUCUAGAAAAUGAGAUUGAGUUAGGAGUUAUUUUAGGGUUCAGUUUAUGUAGUAGCCAAAUUCACAAAAUGUUGUUAUCGAUAGUUUUGACUCAUUAGAGAAAUGAAUGUUUUUUUGUAAAUCGUGUAGCCAAAUCACAGCGUGGAAUACAAUAUCAUAUUUGGUUAUAAAAAUGAUAAAGAAAACUCAUCAGAGACUGUUACAGGAAAGGGAGAGGCUCUGGCCUUUCAUAAAAACAAUGUCUUUUUUAUAAGAUCUAAUAUUUAGGACGCCAUUAUUUAAAUCAUGGUGCGGUAAUGAAGCCUGGGGAGAUGUGUCUGGAGCUGCAGAGGUAGCUUAGGACUCAGAAGCAUUUAUUGCUAUCCCAGAGGACCCAGAUUCAUUUCUCUACACUCACAUUGGGCAGCUCACGGCUGCCUGUAACUGCAAGUCAAGGAGACUCAAUGCCCUCUUCUGACUUCUGAGAGUGCUUCCCAUACGUUGUGUAUAUAUAGUCAAGGAUGCACAUACACAUACAUAUAAAUAAAGAUAGAUACACUUAUAAAAAUUAAAUCAGCUCUGUUAAGAUUAACUAGAAUGAUUUGAAUUUAAGAUUCUAUUGGUAUGGAGUGCAGGUGCAGCUCAGUUGGUACUCAAUUUUCACCAGAGAGUGUUUAUCACAAAUGAUGGGAUAAAUACAAUGACAAUUCUAAUUGUCUGGGAAAUGUAAACAAUGAGACCUCUGGAAGUGGAUUUAAAGGUUACUGUUCCCAGCAGUGGAUCUAUCUGAAGGUGUAUAACACUCUUUUGUUGAUAUCACCAUUUAGUUUCAUGGGUUUGAAUCAUUCCUUUUGUUCCCUCUUGGAUUUUUUUUUCUUGCAUUUUCAUAUUCCCCCUACUUAGAGUUCUGGUGUUGAACAUUUUAGUGCCCCUUAACGGUCUGCAGCAGAUACUCUUCCUCCAAGGGAAGGUAGUCUAUGGUAUUGCAGCCAUCAACCAGAAUUAUUUGCAGGUUAUGUUUCAUUUGAUUAUAUGAAAGCAUGUAGGGAACCAUAUGAGUCUAGUUUCAACAUCUGGGUGGAUAUUCCUAGUACCUUCUAUUUCUGGAAUACCACUAAAAUAUUUCAUAAAUUAUUGUGAUAAAAUAGUUUUCCAUGUUACAUAAGAGCAUCUCUGUUUAUCAUAGUCUCUGUAACAAAUGCAUUUAGAAACAGACUGCCAAGAUGAAUACCUGUCUCCCAUCGCUAAUGAUCUUGAAUUAUGCGAGAAACCACAUGUCUCUCAUUUCUAUUUAAGCCAAUAGAAUGUCAUGCUUUAGAAAGUUUAAGAAAUUUAUUUCCAUGGCUUUUCUCUGGUGUUGAGAUGUUUACAUAGUGGAGGUGCUUAGGUGUGCACACAGUUUUCUUCCUCUUCCUAGUCCCUCCAGUGUUUUAGCUGAAGAAUGUAUGUAUACUUGACUUUAUCUUAUCUGGUUCCAAAUUGUGGGUGUUCUGUACUUUCCUCUGACACUGAGAUUUGAAAUGAUGUUUUCAGCCUCCUUUUCAUGUGAGAUUCUGUUUCAUUCUAUACAUUUAGCACGGAUAAUAUUCACCCAUCUGUUUUACGAUGUACAUCACUAUCAUUAAAGCCAUCUUCUCUGGUAAUAUUGCUAGAUAUAUCUUCAUUUGCUCACUCUAGGAGUUUGAUUUAAUUUACUGAAAAAUCAGGAUUUUUACCAGAGGAGAAAACAUGUCCUCUUCUUUUCUUCCUGUUUUUCUUUUCCUGUUUGUUCCAUUUCUUACUGAAGCUAUGCCCCAGAACAUAGCUAAGCUAUGCUAACAGUGGUUUUAGUUGUGAUCCCAAUUAUUAGGCAGCCAACAGAGCAUCACUGAAGAAGUCAAUAUUAAACUCACUAAGAAGAAUUUGAUUUCUGUUUACUCAGGUAAAUUAAAAAAAAAAGUCAUUUCUGAGACCUGGUGAUGGUUCAGUGGAUAAAAGAGCUUGCCCUGAGAACAAGAAGACCUGAAUUCGAAUUGCCAGCACCCACCACACCACCACCACUAUUCCUUCAUCCUUCUACACACUUCUCUUAAAAGACAAUCAACAUACAGGCCCAUAACCAAGGUGUAGACUAAGAAGGGAGUCAUGCUUCACACGGCCGUACCAUGCUGGCAGCCAUUCCUGGGUCUGGCUAUGGUGUUACUCUUCAUGGGAUCCACCAUCGGCUGUCCUGCUCGCUGUGAGUGCUCUGCCCAGAACAAAUCCGUUAGCUGCCACAGAAGACGUUUGAUUGCCAUCCCAGAAGGUAUUCCCAUUGAGACUAAAAUCUUGGACCUCAGCAAAAACAGGUUAAAAAGCAUAAACCCUGAAGAAUUCAUAUCAUAUCCUCUCUUGGAGGAGAUAGACUUGAGUGACAACAUCAUCGCCAAUGUGGAGCCUGGAGCAUUUAACAACCUCUUUAACCUGCGUUCCCUCCGCCUGAAAGGCAAUCGCCUUAAGUUGGUACCGUUGGGAGUAUUCACUGGGCUGUCCAACCUCACCAAGCUUGACAUUAGUGAGAAUAAGAUUGUCAUUUUGCUGGACUACAUGUUCCAGGAUCUACAUAACCUGAAGUCUCUAGAAGUGGGGGACAAUGAUUUGGUUUAUAUAUCACACAGGGCCUUCAGCGGCCUACUUAGCUUGGAACAGCUCACCCUGGAGAAGUGCAACUUAACAGCAGUACCAACAGAAGCCCUUUCCCAUCUCCGCAGCCUCAUCACCCUGCAUCUGAAGCAUCUUAAUAUCAACAAUAUGCCUGUGUAUGCCUUUAAAAGAUUGUUCCACCUGAAACACCUAGAGAUUGACUAUUGGCCUUUGCUAGAUAUGAUGCCGGCCAAUAGCCUCUAUGGUCUCAACCUCACGUCCCUUUCCAUCACUAACACCAACCUGUCCACUGUCCCCUUCCUUGCCUUUAAACACCUGGUCUACCUGACCCACCUUAACCUCUCCUACAAUCCCAUCAGCACUAUUGAAGCAGGCAUGUUCUCUGACCUGAUCCGCCUCCAGGAACUUCAUAUAGUGGGGGCCCAGCUCCGCACCAUUGAGCCUCACUCCUUUCAAGGGCUCCGCUUCCUCCGUGUGCUCAAUGUGUCUCAGAACCUGCUGGAAACAUUGGAAGAGAAUGUUUUCUCCUCCCCUAGGGCUUUGGAGGUCCUGAGCAUUAACAACAAUCCACUAGCCUGCGACUGCCGACUCCUCUGGCUCCUACAACGACAGCCCACACUACAGUUUGGGGGCCAGCAGCCCAUGUGUGCCGGGCCAGACACCAUCCGUGAGAGGUCAUUUAAGGAUUUCCAUAGCACUGCACUUUCUUUUUAUUUUACCUGCAAAAAGCCCAAAAUACGUGAAAAGAAGUUACAGCAUCUACUAGUGGAUGAAGGACAGACGGUUCAGCUGGAGUGCAAUGCCGAUGGAGACCCACAGCCGGUGAUUUCCUGGGUGACACCCCGAAGGCGUUUUAUCACCGCCAAGUCCAAUGGAAGGGCCACUGUGUUGGGUGAUGGCACCUUGGAAAUCCGUUUUGCCCAGGAUCAAGACAGUGGCAUGUAUGUUUGCAUUGCUAGCAAUGCUGCUGGAAAUGACAGCUUCACUGCCUCUCUCACCGUAAAGGGAUUCACUUCAGACCGCUUCCUUUACGCCAACAGGACCCCUAUGUACAUGACCGACUCCAAUGACACCGUUUCCAAUGGCACUAACGCCAAUACUUUUUCCCUGGACCUUAAAACAAUACUGGUAUCUACAGCCAUGGGCUGUUUCACAUUCCUGGGAGUGGUUUUAUUUUGUUUUCUCCUUCUUUUUGUGUGGAGCCGAGGGAAAGGCAAACACAAAAACAGCAUUGACCUUGAGUAUGUGCCCCGAAAAAACAAUGGUGCUGUUGUGGAAGGGGAGGUGGCUGGACCCAGGAGGUUCAACAUGAAAAUGAUAUAAGGGCCCACCACACACACUACUGUCUCUGUGUCACUGUUGGUAAUGAGUAAGACAUCUGACAUAGUGAAUCACAAGGUUAUCAGGCAGCCUCCUGUGGUUGUCCCUGUGUCAAAGCGGGGUCCAUGGAUGCAGGAAGACUUCUCAUGGAGACUGGCCGAUUAGAGGCAGGCAGGCAUGUGUCAGAGCCCUUCACACAAUGGGAUACUAAUUGUUUGCAUUGCAAAUAUUGGCAUUCUGGGGAUCUCAGUAAUGAACCUGAACCUUUGGCUCAUGCUGAUGGACAACAAUUCAACAUUUUCUACCACUGCAAAAACAAAAGAAAAAAAUAAAAUAAAAAGAACAACCUACAGUGUAGGAUUUACAUAUUAAAAAGACACAUUUGUCUAAAACAUACUCUACAGUAAAAUUUGUAUUUAUUAUUAUCAUUUGUUAAAACCUUGCAUCAUACAAUACUGUUGGUUCAGCACCAAAAAGAGAUCAAUAUAUUCUUUUUUUUUUUUUUGAAACAUAUAUGCUGUAUAUGUUUUAAAGCAAUAUGAAUGAGAGGUUGUGCUUUUAGUUACUCACCAGUAUAGAUCCAAGUGUGAUUUCACCUUCCUUUUGACCACCAAUAAACCUGAGAACAGAUCCCUGGGGUAACAGGCAGAGAUGUGUUGAGAAGUGUAUGUCUGAUGUAGGAUGCCAAGAAACAGGACCCAAGUCAAAACUGCUCAACUCUGUUAACUUCUGUUACUAUAAAUAAAGGCAUGUGCCUAGUUUUGAUACAGAAUGGAAUAUUUUUUAUACGUACACUACCAACCUGGACCAGUUUACUGUAACAGAAGCCUUUGGGUUUCUCCGGAAGGUGGUAUAUCGCUAGAUGUACCUGUAAAAUGCAAGGUAGGUGUCAUUCAUAAAAGUAACCCAUUUAGCUGGCCCUUAGUUCUACUCUCACUAGUCACUGCUCAUGGAUUAAUGACAAAUGGAAAAGGGAGUAAUGAUUAUGUAUAAUUAUUUGGCAAUGUUUACUAGUAGCUGAUAUCAAAAAAUCUGUUGUCCAAAAGCUCUCAGAAUAAGGAGUUUUCAGAAGUCAAUUAAAAAAAAAAAAGCAGGGUGAUCUGAGCACAUUGUGACAGUGAUGCAGCCAAUGGUCUUUUUCAAAUGGGACAGCUGUCUGCCAGAUGUCUGAAAGUCAAAAGGAACAGACAGCACAUGACACUCCCAAUUUCUCAAUUCAAGUACUGCAUACAUAGUAUGACCACAAUUAGGUAACUUCAGGAUGUUUCCCUGCUUCCUAAUCAAGACUUUUAGUUUCAUAUUGAAAACUGUGUUGCAUAGAUAAGAAGAACCUGUUUUGUGUAAAGUAGUGAAAGAAAAACCUGUGUAGAUUUAAAAAAUAAGAUUUUAUUCUUUCACUGGGGAAAAACUAAGGUUAUAGUUCCACAAAUAUAUAAUGUUGUGUUGAUUCUUUCACUUUCUUGACCUGAGCAUAUUUAUCCAAUUUAGUUGGUGUUAAUGUUACCACUCCAAAAAAAAUAGCAUUAAUAUCAUUGGUGACCUGGUUUAAGGAAGCAUAAUUCCAUUUGGCUUAGUCCUGAAUAACUUUCAAAGCGUAUAUUCACAUGCCCUGAAAAACUAUUGGAUGCAGAUUGUAUCCUGAAAUGAUAUGUAUUUAAUCAGCAUACACGUAGUUUCUACAUUUUUUUCCAUUUUGAGAAGAUCUGGAGAAAGUUCCUUUGGGAUACUUUGUAAGAUAUGUAAAAAGGAUUCUGGGAUUUCCUUCUUUAGUGUUAUGGGUAUGACUCUCAAAGAUGUAACUUCUUUAAAAGUUUGAAAAUAUGAAGAACUUUAAAAACUGAAAAAAAUGAAGAAUUAUUAAAUUGGUUUCAAUUUCUAAAAGGUUCACAGAUUAUUUUGCAAACUAGGUAGACAAUACAUAUAUACCCAAUUCUCCUUUACCAGGGGUAGAAACUGAGAUUUUUCUUUUUAAAUUGAAUAAUUGCCUGUUUUAGUUACACUUUAUUUAGCAAUCCUGAUGAUUAUCAACAAAUAUUUGAGAAAUCAAUUUUCCAUUGAUGGACUUAUUCAUAUCUAAUAAUUUGUGUCAACCUAUGCUAAAUUCUAUCAAAGUUUCAACUCCUAAAAAAUUAAAUGUUAUGUUCUUACAGUUAAAAUGGAAAUAUAGUCCUCUAAAAGAGAAUCUACUUCCUUUUAAUUUUGAAACACCUUAAAGAGUGUGUACUUGGCAAAUUAUGUGUGCGUGUAUGAGAGAGAGAGAGAGGAAAAGAGAGAGAGGCGAGCAAUUUUUUUUAAAAAAAGGGGGUUGUUAUCUAUUUUCAGUCAAAAAUUAUAAAAGUUGAUCAAAAGGCUUCUGAGGAAAAUGAAAUUGGAUUUAAGUUAAAAGAUAAAACAUUUAGUUCAAAGAUUUACAUGGUAUUCUAUCAAGAGAAGACAGAUUAAAUUCUCUGGGAGUUUUGUUCUCUGAUCAACAGACUAGUUAAGGUAUAACUAAAGAAUCUUCCAAAAUGAAGAGCCACUAACUCAUGAAUAGAACAAAUGGUGCAUUCCAUAGCCACCACUUACAAGUUCAAAAAGUUCUAGGUAAGUCUAAUAAAGACUCUCAAACGCCCUGUGUUUACUGUAUUUCACCUUGGAUUUCUCCCAUGUGUUUUGAGCAUGAAGUACCACUUUUCCUACUUAAUUGUUAAUGUGUUCAAAAACUAGAGUCUCAUGGAACCCCUGUGUGGUCAACUUCAGAGUGGUACCCCACUGAAAAGUUCUUAACCCAAUAUUUUUAGUAAGAGUAUAGUUAUUGUUAGAAUAACAUGAUCAGACCAUGAUAGCAGAUUUACCAGAUUUUUCCCAAGUGAAUUGGCAACUUCUUGCAUAAAUUAAUAUACUAAAGGAUUUAUGAAAAAAAUUGAAUGGGCAUAUAAUUUCCCAUUUUCUCCCUAUUAAUGCAAAUCAUAGGGACCUGCAAAGCUCUGUCAUUCCACUGACCAUAGCUCUGGGGCUUUCAUGCAGUUUUACAAAAGGAUUCUGUGAGUUUUUCUUUAUCGUUAUUUCUCUGUUAGAACAAACAAGACUGUUAUAAGAAUAACUGCUCAGACCAGUAUUCUGGCCUACUCAUCCCUUUAGACACUUCCAUUUCUGAGUUCCUGCUUUAAUGUAUCCUAUGAAGAAACACAACUGUUUGGCCCAACAUUUUAUUCUUAGUUGAGCAGUAGUCUGUGUGUUAUUAAACAUUUUCAAAGAAGUACUUACUCUUUCUAGCAUUAAAUAUAAGAAAAUUCCCCGGCCAAAGCCCUAAUAUUCUAAACUGAUUCAUGGACCCAAAUGUUGGUAAAUAAGAUAACUCACCCAAACAAUAUGGGUUUGCUGUGAUGGUAAGCAAUCUCUACUUUGCAGAAAUCCUUGUAUUAUUUUCUCUUCCAGCCCCUUUGCAUUUCCAUAGCAUUUAUAAUCAAGUGCUUUUCAAGUGUUUUCAAAUCCUGAAAAUACAGUCCAGAAAUUGUUAAGCCUCAGAUGUUCAUAAGGACAUUUAUUAAAACUCUGGGUUUGUUCAGCUUUCUCAGAAAUUUUGCUUAUUAACAACAGUUCUCUUAUAAUACAAAUGUAUUCAGAAUUUGUUCUUCUUGUUCUGUCAGAGAACUUGCUCUCAGUUCACAUAGGAGUUCAAAGGUCACAAUCUUCUGUGACUCUUUCUUUUUUUAAAAAAAAAUGUUAUUUAAAUCUCAUCUCCACUGAAGCCUGACUUAUGUCACUUCCCAUUCCUCCAGUUGGAACAGAUAUCUUUCUGGAUUAGAGGCACAAAAGAGAGGCUGUGAUCCUAGAGAAGGAAAAUUGCAUAGAGCUCCGUGUAAAUUAACUUUUACUUACAGGGUCUUCCUUCAUCUCUCUGUCAAAGCAUUUCUUUUAUCUUCAGGAGCUGUGCACAGAACUGUGAAACAACACAGAAUGUGUCUUGAGGCUCUGUAGAAAAGAAAAAAAUAGAUCAUUUUCAACUGAGAAGACUCAGACCUGACAGAAAAGACAUCAAGAAUUUAAAGGAAGGCUGGAGGGAGACACGGGGAUCUAUUUAAAUUCUAUUUCCUUUAUUGCUCAUUUUUAUCGUCCUCUCCAGCUGAAGAAGAAUCGGUGACUUGCUUCUUUUUUACCUUCCUUUGCUUCUCCCCUUCUCGCCUUGUCUGAGUCCUCGCUGUCUGUAGCCCACGUGGGAUUCCAAAUGGAUUCUGUGGGAUGUGGACCAAUUUAAAACCCAAACCAAAACAGCAACAAUAGACCUUUGGGACCAAAGCCAUUCAUUCUACUUGGUAGUUAGGGUAAAGAUGUAUCAUUUUUAUCACUGAAACGAACAUUUCCUGGUACAAUAACACAUCCUAUGCCCAGUUAUUUCCAUUGACUUUCUUCUAUUCGGUCCCAUGGGUCCAGUACCCUUGACAUUUUCUGAUGAAUUUUUGCAGUUAUUCUGCCUGUAUAGAAAAGAUUGGGAAAUAAAAUACCAUUUGACAUCUGCUUUUUUAAUUUUUUAAUUUGGCUAGGUGGCAGAAGAUGUUUUUUGGUACACGAGCAUCACUUGGUUUGAAUUCCUCUCCCUUUCUACCCUCCAAAGCCAUGCCUAUGUUAGCCUCCUCACGUGUGAGCCAGCAAAACUAUGAUUACUGGGGGAGAGAAUGCUGCUCAACACAGGCCAAGGGGGAAAGAGAUGAGAGCUUCCUGGCUAAGCUGGGGCCUGGGACCGAAAUCUAUUCCUACGAGGUUAGCUAAGAAACUUUGCCAUAAGUCAACAAUUAAUGGCAGGUUUUCUAACAUGAAAUUGGCUUGUCCAUCUAAAGAACAGUAAAUCUAGCUGUGCAUUUCCUCCAGAGUGGGCAGGGAUCUGGAGGAUCCUAAUCUACACUGAGCUUCUCAACAGAUGGCCAUGAUGAAGCCCUGGUGACAGAAACAACCAAAAUACAAAAGACGUGCUUAAAAGGCUUAAAGCAUAAGAUGGGCAGAUGCUUUUCAUUCCAAAUAUAGGAAUUUGAACAAGAUAAGUUCAUGUGAGUGACAGACUGCUGUCACUCAAUUUGCUUCAAUAUCCCUUCUCCUUCACUCCAAGCUUCCUGCAAGACAUCCUGAAUAGAAAGGAGGAAAGAGCAGGAUGCACAGCAGAUUCCUCCUAGUGUUAGGGAAUAGAUCCCAAACCCCCCUAGGUCAGUACUGGAAGCUUCAGCCAGUAUCGAGUCCUAUGCAUAUUGUAUUUUACCCUGUGCACAGCUCACUAUUGGCAAGAUUUAAUUUAUAAAUUAGACACAGUAGGAGCUUAACAGCACUAAUAAUAAGCUAGAACAACAAACAUAUUUUAAUUUCCAGUUGGAAAUUGGCCACUGGUGGUAAAGCCACAGGCAAGGCCUGGGUAAUCUCCUAAGUUCCUGUCUCCUUUGCCAAGGCCACUAUUGAAAUGGUCGUUCCUUCUCCACUUCCCUGUUCCUUACUGCCACUUACACGCAGCUGUCAUGCCUCAUCAAUGAAGGCUCUCUCCAGAGAAAAGUCUUCUUUCAUUAGAACUCAGAAAUCCUUGUGUACUUGUUAAACUGGAAAUUGCCUCAAACGAAAAAAGACGGAAGGAACAGGAAGCCUCCAGUUUUUCUCAGACAACACUUUAGAAGUUAAGGCUUCUCAUUCGCAUAAUCAUAAUCUGACAGCAAUCUAGAGGUUGAAUUAUUCUUUUUCUCUCUCUCUUUCUCCUAGAAGCAGGUAGGCUGAUAUAAAGCCAACUUUAAACAGAAAAAAAAUUUAUUUAUAGCCUUAGCAGAAAGAAACGAGCUGGUAUAAUCAAGAGAACACUUACCAUUUUUAAGAAAGGCUCUACCUGUAAUAUACUAAAAAGCUUUAGAAAAGGAACAAAACUGUGACUGUGUUCUUUAAAUCAGUUAACUAUAUUUUAAUUUCAAUACAGUUCAGAAGGUAACUGCCCAUGCUGAAACUGGAUCUAAGAAUUUUGUUCCUGAUCUGGAAGGGCGCACGGGAGUAGACACUGGCUGCAUGCUAGCUCCCUUCAUUGUGCCGCACACCUCCCAUUCUACAUUGCCUUAACAUCCUUAUUCUACCCUGCAUAGUAACUGGCAGAAUCUACAAGCUGUGUGAUCAAGAAAUAGCGACGAAAUGGCAGAUUUAACAUAGAGUCGUGAAUUUUUUUCCAUUCCUUCCAGCAGUGUGCCCGCCCACACCCUCACCUGUGUACAUACCCAUGUGAUAAGACAAGUGAAACUGAGUCAUGAGCAAAAUGCAGACUGUGCUAUGGAUAUUUGAAAGGAAACACCCUCCUUUCUUCCCUGGCUAUAAAAUCAGGUACUCUGUGCCUAGCUGGGCCAUUUAGUGCACAAUAUACUUGUCUUUACAUGUUGUAGAGUAUUGAAAGUCCCACACAUAGUCAAUGGCAAAGCUAUUGUUUAUAUAUACAUUUAUAAAUAGGUGGGGUGGAUGGCUUGUGGUUUUUUUUUAAGUAUUUAAAAUGUAAUUGUUUUAAAAGUUGGCAAACUUGAACAAGAGAGAUAAAAAUGAAACAAAUUUUAUGUCUAUACUUCGCUUUAUUAUUUUUUUUAAAUCAAAAUCCCACUUAAGGACUUCACCAUACUGGACAUUACUAACCAGAAGCCUAACAAAUCUUCUCUUCAGAUGCCUGAAAGCCUGUUUUUGUUCUUAAAGGAAAUUAGUGCUAAAGAUGAAAGGAUCUUGAUUUAGAUUUAUGUCUUGCUGUCUGUUAUUACUGGGUAUUAUCAUGGGCAUGUAGCUUUUUUUUUAACAUGUAUAAACAAGUCAAAGUAUCAAAAUGAAAUGUUAGAAAACAUGAUCUGUUUCCUGAUUUAAAAAAAAGGGCUUAAGCAUCUAAUAUCUCAGUUAAAUAUGUGGUAGUAUUAUUUUUAAAAUGGAAUGUAUAAUUUUUAAAAAAGCAAUUUGAGUCAUAUGAGAAAUAUUUCAUUAUUGAGAAAGGUGGGUUAUAGGAAAUCCACAAGCAACAUAAGGCUGUUGAAAACAUUAGCACCAGACAGAGGACUGUGUUCGACUAUAAAGGAAGAUGCAUAUCUGAUUGAAUCCAAUUCUGAUGCUGGAAUGAGUAGAGGUCUCAGAGAGGCCAGGCUGUCAGGUUUUCUAGUCUUAAAUAUUACUAAGAGGUCAUGGAUUGACCUGCUGGACACUGAAAUCUACAUAUGAUCAGCCAUACCAUAAAGAUAUUCUACUUUAGUAAGGACAAGUCCUGCAUUGUUUGUAAAGUUGUCAAAAUCAUUUGACGUUUAAGCAUCCACCAAGCCAUACACACAACAACAUCAUGUUUUUCCUAAGCCUUUGCUCAGCUGGAUUUUCAUAAUCCAAGAUAUAGUGUAAAGUAAAAAUGUGCAAAGUAGUGAAGACGACUCUGGUCUGUAAAACAGCUAAUGAGAAAAAGAGAAUUUUGUCUGAUGUUGAGGAAAGAAUGAACUGAAAAUUCUUCCUGCGCAAUCUUACUGACAAAAGUAAGUCCUUCUGUUGUAUACCUCAGGAAUAGAUUUUGGGAGGUAAGCUCAGGCAGCUGUCAUGUUAUGGCAUUGUAUUUACCCUGUGUAGCUCAUGUUAUGACUUUACCCUGUGUAGCUCAUACAGCUUCUAGGAAAGUGGGUAGAAGUAUUAAAAGAAGGAGAGAACUCAGGAGUAGUACCUGAAUACUCUAUUGAUGGAAGACAAAACAGAUUGGGACUCAAUGCCAGGCCACUAUAAACACACAAAAUCUGUGGCUGCUGGAGAAAGACAAUAAUAAUAAUAAUAAUAAUGGUUUACUAUUUUUUAAUUUCAAAAUGGAGAGCUUGCAGUGGGAUUUCCUUGUCCUUGAAGAAUUUUUCCCAGGACGGCCAGAGCUGGUCAGACAGCAGUCAAAGCUAUCAGAGAGUCGUUUUGUACAAUGAAAACAAAGACCUGUCUUCCUACAGCAUGGUAUAAGAUAUACUGCACACCAAUCUCUACCAAUACCGCAAACUGGCUUGUCCAGGGAACACCAUCAGGUUAACGAUGGACCCACUACUUUCAAGCUUGCUCUUAGGCAUUGAGAAAGAUAAGAUGCUGUGAAACCAAAUUAUUAAA